UUAUAUGACUUACUUUACAGUAUCACCAUUGACCUCACCUCCUGGCUGUGUAAGUCAGGCAGUACUCAUCAACACCUAGUCGGCACACCUCUACCACCCUGUGUUGCUGAUCUAUCAGAGUGACCUCAGCAAUCAAUCACCAACACAUGAUUCGUAAGCGUAGGAUGGAGCUUUGGACCUUGGUAAUUCUGACAGUUCCCAUGAGUUUCACAGCAGUGGAGAGUAAACCAUCCUGGGGCCUGGAAAAUGAGGCUUUAAUUGUGAGAUGCCCCAAAAAAGGAGGGUCCAUUUACCCUGUGGAAUGGUAUUACUCCAAUUCAAAUGAAAGUAUUCCUACUGAAAAAAGAAAUCGGAUCUUUGUCUCAAAAGAUCAUCUAAAGUUUCUGCCAGCCAGAGUGGAUGAUUCUGGGAUUUAUGCUUGCAUUAUCAGAAGUCCCAACUGGAAUAAGACUGGAUAUGUGAAUGUCACCAUACAUAAAAAGCAACCAGACUGCAACAUUCCAGAUUAUUUGAUGUAUUCAACAGUAGCUGGAUCAGAAAAAAAUUCCAAGAUAUCUUGUCCGACAAUUGACCUCUAUAAUUGGACAGCCCCUCCUGAGUGGUUUAAGAAUUGCAAAGCACUUCAAGGGUCAAGAUACAGGACACACAAGUCAUAUUUGUUCAUUGACAAUGUGAGGCAUGAUGAUGCAGGCGACUACACGUGUAAAUUUACACACACUGAAAAUGGAACCAGUUAUAAUGUGACUGCAACCAGAUCAUUCACAGUUAAAGAUAAUCCAGGCUUUUCUACAUUUCCAGUAAUUACAGCGCCCCCACCCAAUGAAACAAAGGAAGUGGAAAUUGGAAAAACAGUCAACAUCACCUGCUCAGCUUGCUUCGGAAAAGGUUCUCAAUUCUUGGCUGAGGUCCUGUGGCAGAUUAACAAAAACAAAGUUAGGGACUAUGGUGAAGCAAGAAUUCAAGAGGAAGAAGGGCAAAAUCACAGCUCCAGCAAUGACCUGACUUGUGUAGAUUCGGUUCUAAGAAUAACUGGUGUGAAGGAGGAGGAUCUGUCUCUGAACUAUGACUGCGUGGCCCUGAACUUGCAUGGCAUAAGAAGGCACACCUUAACACUGAGGAGGAAAAGGCCAAUUGAUCAUCAAAGCACCUACUUCAUAGUUGCAGGAUGUAGUAUGUUGCUAGUGUUUGUCAAUGUCUUGGUGAUAGUCUUAAAAGUGUUCUGGAUUGAGAUUGCUCUGCUCUGGAGAGACAUAGUGACACCUUACAAAGCUAGGAAUGAUGGAAAGCUCUAUGAUGCAUAUGUCAUAUAUCCACGGAAUUUCCAAAGUCGUUCAGAGGGAGCCAGCUCCAUGGAGUACUUUGUUCACCAGAUUCUGCCUGAUGUUCUUGAAAAUAAAUGUGGCUACAAAUUAUGUAUUUAUGGAAGAGAUCUUCUGCCAGGAGAAGAUGCAGCUACUUCGGUGGAAAUCAACAUCCGAAAGAGCAGGCGGCACAUGUUUAUCCUGGCUCCUCAUAUGAAUGACAGCAAGGAGUUUGCCUAUGAACAGGAAAUCGCCCUUCACAGUGCCCUCAUCCAGAAUGACUCCAAGGUCAUUCUUAUUGAAAUGGAGGCUCUGCAUGAGCCAAGCGAAUUACAGAUUGGAGAUCUUCAAGAUUCUCUCCAGCACCUUGUAAAAAAGCAGGGGACCAUCAAGUGGAGGGAGGACCACGUGGCUAACAAGUGGUCCCUGAGUUCCAAAUUCUGGAAGCACGUGAGGUACCAGAUGCCAGUACCAAGCAGACUCCCCAGCAUGACUUCCAGAGAGGCUUCUUUGAGUGCCCAGGGGCAUGCUUUGGUCCACUAACACAUCUGACUUUGUAGACUGACUUCUCAGAGCUGGAGUGUGUCCCAGCAAGGGCACUGGGAGCUGAAGUGUGAGAACUGGGGACAUCAAGGGUAGUCAGACCCCAGGUUCCAGCUAACAAAGCUGUUCUGCUUUGCCGAUUCUAGGUAGGCUCAGCUCCUCCCCUCUCUCUGCUUUCCUUGGCCUGUUUUAUUUCUUUGUGGUGUAAAAUCAUGUCCCCAUCUCUUUUCUCCUCUCUCUUCUACUUCUCUUUAUUCUUUUUAUUUUUCAUCAAUAAUCUACAUUCUGAAUAGCAAGUAAAGAUCUUAGAAUAAAAUUCCUGUUCAUCUCGAAGUGCAUUCGCAUCCCCAUGAGCAGAACACUGUAAAUCACAUUCCCAACAUGCCAAAAUUUCUUUCCUAUCUUAUUUGGCAAUUGCCUUGUUAUUCCAAUAUUGCCACAUUUGUUGGA